GACUUCCAGAGAAGGAGCGGGUAUACCGAUGUAGCGGACCAAUGCUUGCCACAGUCAGGCUCGGACCAAAAUCCACAGCUGGUCGUACCGAUACUUCGCCUCCCAACACGACUCGCCAAGCUCACAUAACGGUGGCCGGAAUUGUCACAUCGAGGCGUAUACUCACCAUCCAGUAUGGACUGACGGCCUUAAACUGCCCCAGUUGGACCCCAGCCUCCGAUGCUUUCCUCAUGGUACUGGAGUCAUCCUCGUCGUUUGGCCUCCACGUGGUGGAGAAUUUGACCCAACGUACACUUUUCAGCCGGGUUAGCUUUUCCCAUCGAUGGGACGUUGCCCUGCUGCGCCUUCGGGGUAUUGGAUGACGAUCGAGUUGCUCAUCUAUAUGGAUCGUGGUAACAGUGGUGAGAGGUAGGUAUAAGAAAGAGGUAUUUGCCCGCUCCCCUCCGUCAGAUUUUUUUCCCUCUCUACAAGCACUCCUGUCAUUCGCUGUUUUCCAUUUCGUUAUACACACAUUCGUUCUCCUCGCCCAACAUGGCCAAGCCAAUCGUUCUAUUUUCACUGCUCGCUCCUGCUCUCUCCGCUGUCUUGCCUCGCGGUCAAGAGAGCUCGUGGAAUGACUGGGCCUCGUCGAGCACGACCAGCGUAGCGCCCACUACCACCUAUCCUUCUACCACUGCUACCCCGAGCACCACCUGGAAUGAUUGGACAUCUCAGAGCACAACUAUUGUCUCUACGACUACAACUCCCUCGAGCUCGUGGAAUGAUUGGACUUCAAAGUCCAGCACUACGAGCCCGUCCACGACAUGGACCAGCCCGGCCACGAGCAGCACAACAAGCAGCUCGGGCUGGAAUGACUGGACGAGUAGCUCGACGACUCCUGUGGUUCCUACUACCAGCAGCACAACGAGCAGCUCGGGCUGGAAUGACUGGACUUCGUCUUCGUCAACAACCACACCUAGCACUAGCUCAACGACUUCUAGCAAGGGCUGGAAUGACUGGACUUCGUCUUCAACCACCACUGCUAGCACAAGCUCAACGACUUCUAGCAAAGGAUGGAAUGAUUGGACUUCGUCUUCAACCACCACACCUAGCACAAGCUCAACGACUUCCAGCAAAGGAUGGAAUGACUGGACUUCGUCUUCGACUUGGACUACCACAACUCCAAGCACUACUUCUACCAGCAGCAGCAAAGGCUGGAAUGACUGGACGAGCACUUCUUCCACUACCCUAAGCACAACUACCAGCAGCAGCAAGGGAUGGAACGAUUGGACAUCCUCGUCGACUCCCGUUAUUCCUACUACCACCAGCAGCAAAGGCUGGAAUGACUGGACAUCCUCGUCGACUCCCGUUAUUCCCACUACCACCAGCAGCAAAGGCUGGAAUGACUGGACAUCCUCGUCGACCCCCGUUAUUCCCACUACCAGCAGCAGCAAGGGCUGGAAUGACUGGACGAGCUCGUCGACUCCCGUUAUUCCCACUACCAGCAGCAGCAAAGGCUGGAACGAUUGGACAUCCUCGUCGACCCCCGUUAUUCCCACUACCACCAGCAGCAAGGGCUGGAACGACUGGACGUCUUCAUCCGCAACUACGACUCCGUAUACCACUCCGGUUACGACUAGCAAGGGCUGGAAUGAUUGGACUUCGUCUUCUGUCGCGCCGGUUUCUUCCUCCUCUCAGUCGUGGGGUGAGUGGUCUAGUGCUCCUGCUCCCGCUCCAGCUUCGUCACAAAGCUGGGGCGAGUGGUCUAGUGCUCCCGCCCCUGUGAAGCCUACCACUAGCCCUGCUCCCGCGCCACAACAUUCUCAAUCUGCCGGAUGGAAUGAUUGGCAAUCGAGCACCUGCACUCCCACCACCGCCACGACCACUGUGUACGUGACUGAGACGGCGCCGGCCUCUACCGUGUACGUUACCGAAACCGCGACCACGACUUUGACCGAGUCGGAGACCACCACCGCGACGGUGACCAGCUGCUCUGCCACCGGCACCUCGUGGGGAUGGCAAGACUGGCAGGGCAAGAGCCACGGCCCGAGCUCGGCCCCAAGUUCGAGCGCGACGUGGAAGAACUAG